AUGACCGACCCCAUGAAGACCCUCGACGACUCAGGUCGUCCUGCACCUGCACCAGUCUCACGUAAAAUCUACGCAAUUGCCGGAAUCUCAGUAACCGUAUUCGGACUCGAAGAGCUUCAGUCUGAGACCAAGAAUGUCGCCUGCCUCUGGUUACUCCAUCCUCGAUUAGCGACGCAAGAGCGCAUGUCCGGUAUCGCGGCGUCCGCUAUUGGCGACUGGAAUAGCAAGGCUCAAUCGUCGACUAAGGGAUUGAUUGCUGUUUCGUUUGACCAGAGAAAUCAUGGGUCGAGACUUGUUGAUCCGUUGGCUAAUGAGGCGUGGAGGCAAGGGAAUCCACGCCAUGCGCAGGAUAUGUUCUCCGUUUUCCAGGGAACGGCUCGGGAUACAUCUUUACUGAUGGACUAUCUUGAAUCAUACGUUUUUCCACAGGAUGAACAUCACAUUUCGGAAAACCUAGUUUUGGGCGUCUCGCUAGGAGGUCACGCUGCAUGGAGCUGUCUCUUACACGAUCCCCGCAUGACAUCCGGAGUGAUCAUAAUCGGAUGUCCCGACUAUCUAAAUCUGAUGAUAGACCGAGCCCGACUAUCCAAGUUACCUUCCUGGACAAAGUCCAGCCCGCCAGGAUCAGAGAUCCUCGGCUCAGAAGCAUUCCCAACUUCCUUCGUCGAUCUCGUCAAGCGAUACGAUCCGGCCAGCUUGAUGCUCGGACCCAUGGACCCUGUUUCUUCUGGCCUUCCGCGCGAAGGACCGUUGCCCGAGCCAACGGAUAAAGAACAGCAGGCACUGAGACCAUUGUUGACCCGGUGCCUGACGGGCAAGCGUAUUCUGAAUAUAUCUGGCGGGGUCGAUAAGCUUGUGCCCUAUCACCGUGGAGAAGUGUUUCUGGCAUGGUUUAAAAAGGCCAUUGCGAGUAAUGGGUGGUUUGGCGACGGCGGCGUGACUUUCGAGGAUAUUAUUGACCAGUCGGCGGGUCAUGAGGUGACUGCCAAUAUGGCUGACGAGGCUAUUCGAUUCAUUAGUGAGACGCUCGCUUCUAGCGAUGAGGGGACAGGGCGGAGGGGUUCUGUGCGGGAGUCGAAGAUCUAG